CAAAUAGCCUAAGAAUAUAAUGUAACACAUAUAUAAAUUAAAGGUGCACAGAGCAGUCAAUGAUAUAUGCUUCAGGCAAAAGUGAAAGCAGUAUGUUUGCAGGUGCUGAUCCUGCAUGGCAGAGAGUUAGCCAUAUUCAACAUCACAUGAGGUUAACUUAUAGUUAAAUAUUUUACAAACACAUUUUUGUUAAAUUGGCUAUUUAAAUUCGUAAACCAUAAACAAAAUACCACAGAAAAAAGUAACGACUGCGUUUCACCUGAACUAAUUUACGACCACCAUUAAAAAAUCCACAGCUUUCACAUUCAUGGGUCUCUAAAUAAGUCUAUAGUGUUGCUGAUUCUGACUGCUUGUUUAGGAAUCUUUCUCAUGGCGAAACGCUGGGAACCCCCUACAGCUUCUGCAUAAAAGACACAUCUUGGAGACGCAGAGGGUUAAUUUCAAGCCCCCGCCACUACCACCCACAUCUCCAAUUUGAAAGCCGCCUCUCUGCCGGGAGAGGAAGGCUCUUUUUCGGUCAGAUGGCGUGCUGCAGUCCGCCCCCGUCAUUCUCCAGCCCACACAGUCAGGGCAGCCAGCAACCAAUACGCUGCGCUGGAGGAGGAUUUCUGCCAGUGAUUUCAGACGAGGUACGAUACGCAAAAGGGAUUUACUACGCAAUCUGAGACGGGGAAGCUUUCGACAAUCGGUAACUGGUUUCACUCCGGGAGGACGUGUGACAUCGGUGAUUGGGAGGGACAUCUUUCGGUUAAAACACGUUGCAUCAGUCUACUUGACCUGAAAAGAGCUGUGUGCCAUGUCUCUGCCACGCACACUUGGGGAGUUGCAGCUCUAUCGGGUGCUGCAGAGGGCCAACCUGCUGGCCUAUUAUGAAACCUUCAUCCAGCAGGGUGGUGAUGAUGUGCAGCAGCUCUGUGAGGCAGCAGAGGAGGAGUUUCUUGAGAUCAUGGCACUAGUUGGCAUGGCCACCAAGCCACUGCAUGUGCGUAGGCUCCAGAAGGCCCUCCGAGACUGGGCGGCGAACCCUGCCCUUUUUAGCCAGCCCGUUUCCAACGUUCCUCUCGGUGGCAUUCCACUCUUCAAAGUGGAUGGGACGGGCAGUGGAUCAGCAGGCGGGCCCAGGAAGUGUGUGAGCAACGGGCAGCCAGGAUCACCGUGCGAAAGAGAAGAUCGGGCGUGUCUUACUCCAAUGCACAGUGGAAGUCCAAGAAGCCCUUGCUCUCAGGCUUCCCCUCAGCCGCCAGACACACACUAUAGGGAAAAACUCUCUCCUAUGGACCCACACUGGCUCAGCCCAGAGCCUGAGGGAAACUGCAACUUAGCAUCUGCAUCUGGACUAGAGGAGGAGCCACCCAGCCCGCCUCUGCUGUCAACGUGUCAUCCAGGUCCCUCCACGUCUCCUAGCCCCUCUGCUUCAUUUGCCCUGUCGGCCCUCUCAGCCUGGCCCGGAGGACAGCUGGAUGGGGAGACGGCGGGGGCAGUGGUGGAGAGCGUGGAUAGGCUCCUCAGGACUCUACCCAGGUCAGAUACUGCUGAGGUGAAUACUCUGCUUAGGAUGAACAAGAAGAUGGCAAAGGCUGUGGGACACAUCUUCAAAAUGGGGUCCCAGGAUGUGAACAAAGAAGAAGAGAUCCGGAAGUACAGUCUCAUUUAUGGCCGCUUUGACUCCAAGAGGAGAGAGGGGAAGCAGCUCACACAUCAUGAGUUGAUCAUCAAUGAAGCUGCAGCCCAGUUCUGUAUGCGCGACAAUGCCCUUUUGCUGAGACGGGUGGAGCUCUUUUCUUUGGCUCGGCAGGUGGCGAGAAAAUGUGCCUACACCUCCACACUAAAGCAUGCAAGGACAAAUGCAGAUGAGAGCAGUGUAAUGUCUCAGAAGAGAGCGAGAUAUGAGGUAAUCGUGCCUGAGAGUGUGUCGUUGGUUCUUGGAGUUGAGGGCUCGGAGGGCUUGACCCAGAGGGAAGAUGACGACGGCUUAUGUGCAGAAAGCGUGGACAGUGUGUCUCAUGACAUCGGCUCACAGUGCAACCAGUCUGCGUCCCCCCGUCCCCACACCGACACGUCCAACCCUGCCAACUGGAGUCGCCAACUCAUACAGCAAACACUAAUGGAUGAAGGGUUGAGAUUGGCUCGGAUGGUGUCACAUGACCGGGCUGGCAAGAUCAGCCUAGGGUCAGAGAGAACACACCCUACAGAGCAUGACAGUAAAGUGGAGAGGCGGAGCUUGAUAACAGCAUGCAGGAGCAGCAGCCCUUGCAUCACCAAAGACGACUCUAAUCACCGGGGGAAAUGAAAGCGCUCAUAUUUUGUCAGGGAACUUGUCCUCAGGCCUGCCACUGAACUCCACUCAGAGUCUGCUCGACUGGCUGCUAUUGAUGCCGACAUCUGAUGAGAGAGAAGACUCUUUUCGAUUUCCAAAUCAAUGCAGUGAUUAUCCAAAUUUACCAGCCACUGAUCUCAUGAACCUGCAGUGACUCCUAAACAAUGACAUUUUGGAUCAGAAAUGUUCUGAUUUUACUUUAUGUUCAGUAAAUGGUUAGGGGAUAAACCUUUUGUUGAUUUUCUUUCUACAAAUCCUGCAGAUUUUGGCUGAUAGUGGAAUAAUGUGCAGAUGUUAUCAGGAAAAAACUUAUUUUAUUGAGUUAGUCAGUUCAUUUAUAGUUCCGUGUGUUAACAGGGCCACCUGUUUCAGAUGGGUUCGACACAGCAGGGGGCACUGCUACUUAAAAAUUGACAACUUUCUUCAGUAACAUACUGGAGUAUGUCAAGGAAACUUAUGUACAUUUUCAGCAACUCAGAAUCCCCCAAAAAUAUUUUAUAACACUUUCAGCAGCUCUUUGCUCUCAGGAAAAAUAGAUGUUGUGUUUUUUUAAGUCAGCGUAUACUUUACGAUUACAUCAAUGGAAUAAUGAAUGGCACAUGCUGAUCUAAAUUUCCCGGAGCGUACAAUUAAACCGCUGUCGGGUUUAUUGACCUUUUGUCCUUGAAAACACAUUCCUGAGGGUUAAAAAAAAGAUUAAAGGUCUUCAUCAUCCUCUCCCUCACAACUUUCGCUAAUAUUUUGC